AUGCGCGAUAAGCGUAAAGAUAUCUUUGCAUGGCUUGCCUAUAAAACUUGGCAGCAAAAUUCUAUCUGGGUAGUCAGCUAUUUGGAGAUCAUCAUGCAGCGUAUUCGAUUGUUACUCCUCCUCCUCAUCGCCUCCGUCACGCUAGCCGCCGCGCAGGAGCAGGAACUACCAGCGCAGCCAGGACCACAGGAUGGUCGCAUUGUCGGCGGCUGGGAGACAAAGAUCGAACACUUUCCGCACCAGGUGUCGCUGCAGUUGAAAGGACGUCACAAAUGUGGCGGCACCAUAUUGUCAUCCAGCAUUAUUCUCACCGCCGCCCAUUGUCUGCCCAUGUUCACUAAUCCAAAUGAGUAUGCCAUACGUGCUGGGUCCACUCUGUGGUCAAGUGGUGGCAGCUAUGUUCGUGUUCGCCAAAUCAUUCGACACGAGCAAUUCAAUGCACCGACGCUUAUGAAUAACGAUAUCGCCAUGGUGCUGCUCCAGCAGCCGCUCAUAUUUAGCCCCAGCAUACAGCCCAUUGAGAUUGUGGCGCCGGUGGAUAUGGUGCCGGCAAAGGCGCAACUCUUUGUCAGUGGCUGGGGCUCCACAACUGUGGAGCAGCUGACGACGGCGCCGCGUCUCCACUACACGGCCAUCGUACAGCUGGAUCGUGUGUCUUGUACGAAGAACUACUUUGGCGCCGGCAUCGUCACCCACACCAUGUUCUGUGCGGGCAGCAAGUCGGGGCUGGGCGAAAGAGAUAGCUGCAUGGGUGAUUCGGGUGGUCCGCUGAUCACCCACAUUGAUGGUCGCUUCAAACUGCUCGGCAUUGUGUCCUGGGGCUUGGGUUGUGCUAAUGCACAUUAUCCGGGCGUUUAUACCCAUGUCACAGCCUAUAGCGAUUGGUUAUUGCGUACGGUGCCUAAUCUUUGGCCACUUAAUUAGAGCCUAUAUGAUUUUAAGUGCACACUUUUGUAUAUACAACAUUUACAAUGUAAUGCAUUUAAGCCUAUAUAUUUAUAUGUUGUUCCUAUAUAAUCCAAAUGUAAUCUUUAAAUAAUUGUACGCCUGUUGGUCUGAAAACAGUUUAUAGCUUGUAAUAAACUUGAAAUCUUGCUCGAGCCAUAAA